CCUGUUUAUUGACAGUAACUUGAUUAACUUUGUGCAGUGACAUUGUAUUGAAAAAAAUGUGCAAAACAAAUUCGCGACUCGACGGAAAGACCGUUGUUAUCACUGGAGGAAGUUCUGGCAUAGGUUUCGAAACGGCUAAGCAUAUCGCACACAAAGGGGCUAAAGUUAUAAUAGCUAGUAGAAACGAAACCAAACUUAUCAGAGCCAGAAAUAGAAUACAGCAAGUAACAAAAAACCCAAACAUUUCAUAUAAAUUGUUGGACCUAGCCUCUCUCAAAUCAGUGCGAAAUUUCGCUAGCAAUAUACAAAAUGAAGAUAAACUCGACGUGUUAAUAAAUAAUGCGGGUGCUGUUGGAUUAUCUGAUCGCUUAACUGAAGACGGACUAAACCUAACUAUGCAAGUGAAUUAUUUCGGCUCGUUUCUAUUAACGUACCUUCUGCUGCCUUUGUUGACUAAAUCAGCACCGAGUAGGAUUAUAAAUAGUUCAGCGUCGUCAAUGUAUAUCGGACAUUUGGAUUUUGAUCACUGGAAUGAUAUUGGACGGUACUCCGCAGUAGAAGUGUUGGCGAACUCCAAAUUAGCGGUAGCCUUAUUCACGGCAGAAUUAGACAAUAUAUUGACGGAUACUGGAGUGACGGCAAAUACAUUUGAUCCAUUUAUCGUUCGUGAUACAAAUAUAUUAGAAAACGUACCGGAAUUGGUUCGAAAUGUGUCGCAAAUAUUUGUAAAUUUAGUUGGGCAGCCCAAGGAGGAUGUUGCCAAUGAAAUAUUGUUCCUAGCGGCUGACCCAGAGAUUGGUAAUAUUAGCGGUAUGCAUUACAAAUUUUGUCGACAGUGGAUAAAUCACUGGAUGACAUACGACACUGAGUUUACUAAGGAGUUGUGGAAUCAGACGAGGAAAAUUUUAAACAUUACAGCCAACGAGGGUUGGGAAUAGACAAAAUGAAGCUGGUUAUUAAAAUAAAGUUUUUACUAUUACAAAAAAGCAAUGAGAACUAUAUUUUUUUUAAUAAUUGUGAUUUUGAUUGAUUUAUAUUGACAUAGAUAGUACAAUUGCAAUACAAACAGAGGCAUGUUAUGGCACAUACGCUACACCUGAUUAUUAUUUGUCUAAUAAGUGGAGAGGUGCAUUUCUGGUAAAAAUGUUUGCUCGUAAUGGUCAGAUCAUUAUGUCAGUCACACUCAUCUUGCUUCCGUAUGAAUUGCGCAAAUAUCGGAUAUGUGAUCCCAAGUUAUAAGAGACAAAUUAAUCCAACAUUUUUGGUUGACUUUUCUGUCAUAUUUAAACAACCUUCGUUAUUAUGAAAUAAAUUAGUACUCCAAAUAAAUUAAGUAUUGUUUUAUUUAAAUGGCGUCCAGUUUUCUAAAACUCUUUCUUAUUUACGGUCUCGUCCGAUACAUGAUGACUGCUAUGUGCAGUCUUGAUGACUUGCAACAUCGACUUUUUCCUCAAAUUCUUUUUACAUUAUCCCAUAUUAUUUUACGAUUAUGUUAUAAAAAUGUGAUUGAUAUAAUCUCAAUGCAAAAGUAAACUUUUAGUGGACUUAUUCCUUCCUUAAACUAUAAAUUAAUCCUGCACAAAACUUAUUACCGCAAACAUAUGCCGGUACCUACUCGCUGCCCGCUUUUCACCUAAUCUACAGCACUGGCGAUCGCUAAAAGGAUUCUGCGGUGAAACGGGAAAGUUUGUUUUCCACACGUAAGCGAUGCCCCGCGCAUCUCUAAUGUUUUCUAACGAAAAACAAUCGCAUAUUUGUUUAACAAAUAUGUUCCAACCGCCACCUUUAAACUCCAUAUUUAUGACAUAUCAUAUGCGUAUAUCGUUGCAAAAAUAUUAAGAUGGCACAUGAUUCCCAAUAACUGGUUCGCAUGGCGACAACAACCCGGUGAAAUCAGAAUUAAACAAAGAAGCUAUAUAGGUUGAUAACUUAUAAAGUGACGGAGAAAUGAUUAUGUAUCAUGCAUAUUUUAAACCAAAUAUUUUACUGUUCACAUAUUAAAUGAAUAUACGAGAAACGGACGAUAUAUACAUUACUUACUGUCAUUUAGGCAAAUUGUUUGGCACGCAAAGACCUCAUUAUGAAAACAAACAUGGAAUGUUUACUAAGCCUACAUCAUAAGAUGAAUAGCAUUUAUC